AUAAAGGGUAGGACUUCCGUUUCGGAUUCAUCUAAGCCUACAUUUGCCUCGACUGGUAAACUGAUAGUUAUAUCAUCAACAAAUUUAACUAGGAGAUUCUUAUUAGUAUUAACAACUUUGAUAUCGUUAAUAAAAAUAGAACAUAAGACCGGCCCCAAGACUGUACCUUGAGGAACACCUCUAUUAUAGAAACAUGUUCAGUACUAUAUGGCCAUCGACAACAACUCUCUGCUUUCUAUGAUUUAAAAAAGUAAUAAACCAAUGAAUAAUAUUUGGAUUAAUGUUAAACUGCUUUAAUUGACUACAGAGGGAACUGCGUGAUACAGAGUCGUGGAGUCUCAAUCGACAAAAAGAUUGCUUUGCGAGGCAGGUCACGAUUACACGAUUAACAUGAUUGCAACAUACAAUUGCAAACUAAGUUGACCUUGACUUGUUACCAGAGCGGAGUUGAAUUAUGUAGAUUUGCCAGAAACAUGCUCGUACUCAUUAAUGUCUGAAUCGACUUCAUGAAGGGUAAUCAAUUCCCUUAAUUGGAUACGGAUAAAUGGGAAUACCAUAAUUGCUAGUAAGUUUCAUUCAUUAUAAUUAUUCACAAAUGUUUUCCUAAAUGACCUAAAUAGGCUAAAUAUGCUGAUACAUCGCUUAGUGCAUUGCGUGAGUGCUGGAAAUAUCCCGACCUUUUUGUUGACGUCAUUUGCAGCGAUUAUAUAUAUAUGCAAAGACAUCAUGGACGAGUGUAGACCUUUAACAAAAUUUCUAAGCAAGAAUCUCUCGUCAGGAAAGAAGGAGAAAGACAUUUCUGAGGUAAACUAUGGUUGUCAUAGUCGACGGAAAGUUUGAAAUAAAAUUCGUCGACGGACUUGAUGAGAGACUCAAAUGCCCGAUAUGUAAGAGCAUUUUCGAUGAGCCCUGGCAAACGUCAUGUGGACAUCGCUUUUGUAGGAACUGUCUGGAACUUCUCUUCGGCUCAGAAAAUCCAAGAUGUCCGGUAGACAAUGAACCUCUUUCAAUAAGUCAAUCUUUCAGGGAUAAAUGCUGUGAGAGAGAAGUUCUUGAUGUUCACUGUUUCUGUCGAUUUAAUGAAAAAGGAUGCGAUUGGAAAGGAGAGUUUAGACGACUGGAGUUACAUGAAGGUAGCUGUCAGUACGGUGAUAUGAAAUGUCAAGCGUGUUGUGAAACUAUGGAGAGAAGACAUCUCAAGGCGCACAGGGAACAUGAUUGCAUCAGCAGGGUUGUGACAUGUACUUACUGCGGUUGUGAAGUUCGGCAUAGCAACAUGAAGGACCAUUUAAAUGUUUGCCUCAAGAUUCCAACUCAGUACAUCUUAAAUUGUGGUGAAGAAGGCAUACCAAAAGACGCGAUGGAGGAACUCGUGACAACACAUUGUCCCAAGGCUGAACAUUUGUGUCCUUUUAGUAUUCAUGGCUGUGCAUUUAAGGGCGCUAGAAAAAUAAUCGAUCAACAUGUUGCCAUUGGUAUUGAGUCUCACCUAGAAAUGAUAAACCUUUCCAGUCAUGAAUGUGCCGAGAAAUCAAAACAGAUGGAAGAGAGGAUAUGUCAUCUAGAAAAAGAGAACACUGGUUUGAAACAUCAACUACAAAAUCAAGCAGAACAAGUAGCAGUUGCAAGACAAAACAUACUAACGCAACAGUCAAAGAUGUGCAUGAUAGAGAAUUCCAUAAUCGAACAAAAGAGGAUUACUGAGAAACUGCUCGACGAUUUAAAGCUUGCUGAAGCAACCAGAUCCAACGGAAGUAUUACCCUGACUCAGAUGGAAGAAAUAAUGAACACGCUGCGAGAACACGAGAAGGAUGUGAGCAGUCUACACGGAGAAGUGAUCCGUUUGAAAUCAUCCCCUGCCAGUCCUAAAGGUGCGAGUGAUUACCGAAAAAACUCCGGUGUGUCUCUCACUCGUGAGUAUGAGCGCCGGCUGGAUAGGAAUGAGCACCAAUUGGCACUGCACGACAUUCAGCUGUCCGAUCAGGAUAUGCAGAUUCAAAUGCUGGAGGCUACGUCGUAUAAUGGCACGUACAUUUGGAAGAUCGACCGCUACAGCCUACGCUUCCAAGAAGCUGUCGCUGGAAAGACUCCAUCUAUUUACAGCCCUCCUUUCUAUGUAGGGCGGUUUGGGUACAAAGUUUGUGCUCGUCUUUAUCCUAAUGGAGACGGCAAUGGAAAAGGGACACAUAUAUCAAUGUUCUUUGUUGUCAUGAGAGGUGAAUACGAUGCUUUAUUACCCUGGCCGUUUCUCCAAAAGGUCCACUUCCGACUAAUAGACCAAGAAAGGAUCCGGGACGCCAAUGAAGCGUUUCGCCCUGAGCCUAAUAGCACAAGCUUUAAAAGACCCACGUCAGAUAUGAACUUAGCAUCUGGCUGCCCGACUUUCAUUUCUCACAUGGAAUUGAGACAAGGAGGUUACAUUAGGAACGACACAAUGUUUAUUAAAACAACAGUUGAUACCUGUGGUCUACAAGGAAAUAUAUGUUAAUAAAUUCCUGCCUGCUGUAGCCUUCCAUGUCUUAGAGAGAGUCUGGAGUAGACAAGAUCCCAGGAAAUUAAUAUUUGAAUUGUGACGAGAGAGGUUCCCACAAAAACUAAAAUAUUAACUUUGUACGUCGGAUCAAGUUCUCUAAAUCUAGCGCAAGGUUUGCACUACGUGGUUUUUUGCUAUUCAAAUACACUUCCUUGUUCUCUCAAAUGCCAGGCCCCCGUGACAUUUGUAAAGUAUUUUAAGCAUGGUAUAGCUGACCAUCAUAUAACUCUGACUUCUGAAAGCUAAGGUUAAAACAUUACUGAUGCUGAGAGCUGGAAACUUUCAAUAAGUUUAACGAUGAAUGCGGAAUAGCCCAAGUAGUUCUAUCUCACAGCUAUAAUAGAGUAAAGGAUGUCUCUUUUUAAUCAUGGUUUUAGCAUAUUAUCAAGUACUUCGUAACUCUUUUGCAGACCUAAUUUUUAAAAUAAUAAUGUUAAUUACAUUGUUCAAGCUAUGGGUUGAAGACUUUCAAAGAGUUCUAUUAGAAAAUAUGUAAAUAGUAGCUCAGGCAGGUCCACAAAGAGCUAGAAAAUAUGAAAUAUUUUAAAAUGAAAAUCAUAUUUAAAAUACAGAUACAAAACUUAAGGAACCAUACUGAUAUAUUUUUAUUCUCAAAAGAUAUAUAUAUAUAUUUUGUAUAAUUUCAG